AUUUCUCUUCUAAAAGCUCUGCAUUUUUCGUUUUACCGUUGUUGCACUUCUAGACAAACCUGCAUUCACCAACAAUAACCAAGUACCAUUCAAUGACUAACGAAAUCAAGGGUAUUUCCCAGGAGUACGCCGAAACUGUUGCGUUUUCGCUCUUGAAAGCAUACUACAACUUGUUGAACAACGAGCCAUCCGACUUGUUUAGGUUCUACUCGUCCAACGCCACCGUCACACAUGGCUCCUUAUCGCAGCCUAAGAGGCUCUCCGAAAAGGCCAGGGGCACCAUCGGCAUCAAGGACUUGUUGAGCAGAUCCGAGUUAAAGGGCUGCAAAGUCAUGGUGAAGCAUGCAGAGAUUCAACCGUGCCUUGGGGACAACAUCUUGGUUGUUGUUUUAGGCGAGAUGGCUGUCGGUGAUGACUCCCCGUCCGUAAGAUACGUGCAGUCCUUCAUGAUUGCCCCGGGCAUGAAGCCGGGCGUGUACGACAUUGCUAAUGACGUCAUCCGGUUCGAUCCGGAUGAGGAAGAGGAGGCGGAGGUGGAGCCAGAGGUGGAACCAACACCGGAGGUUGAAGAGGAACAGCCGAAGGAAAAUGAGGAUCCAAAGGAACCUGAAGCUGAGGAACCUGAAGCUAAGGAACUUGAAGCUAAGGAGCCUGAAGGUAAAGAAUCUGAAACCAAGGAAUCUGAGGCCAAGGAACCUGAAGCCAAAGAAUCUGAGGCCAAGGAACCUGAAGCCAAGGAAUCUGAAGCUACGGAACCUGAACCAAAGGAAGAUCAAAAAUUAGAGCCAAAGGAAACAUUGGAAGUCAAGGAAUCCGAAUCGAAAGAAGUCUCUGUCCCAAAGGAAACCCCUGUUCCGAAUGGCAACCUGUUGUCAUGGGCUUCGAAGGUGGCAUCCACGGCCAAGGUGACAGCCAUGCCAACAACCGCAGUAAAGAAAAUCGUGGUUGCGCCAACUAAGGACGAAACCGAGCCGGCAAAAACUCGGACGCCAGCUGUUUCCAAGCUCGUUGCGAACCAGCUGAAGCUCCCAUCAAACGAAUGGUUCCCGAUCUACAUCAAGGGUAUCAUCAACCCAAUCUCCGAAGACCAGUUGAAGGUGGAGUUGCAGUCGCGCUUCGGGGUCGUCACCAACGUGGGCAUCAGCGGCAAGAUUGCGCUUGUGGACUUCACCAACGCCGUGGACCAAAAGAAAGCGUUGGACUGCGGCGAAUUGAAGGUUGGUGGCAACUUGUUGAAGUUGGAGGUUAGAACGAAGCGGAGCAACUCCACCUACGGCAAAAAGCCGGAGGUGAAGAAGGAGUUAAAGAAGGAGGAAAAGCCAAAGGCCGGGUUCAAGCCCGUCUCCCCUAAGAAAAAGGGCAAGAAGGCCGAAUAAACGC